AUGAUUAUCUACACCGAUAUUCUCUCCAAGGAUGAGCUUCUCUCCGAUACCUUCGACAUCAAGCCCGCUGCCGACUGCCCCAUCCUCUGGGAGGUUGACUGCCGCAAGUACAUGAAGAAGGUCGGCGAGAACGUCCAGCUCGAGGGUGCCAACCCCUCUGCCGAGGAUGCUGAGGAGGACGGUGGUGAGGGUGAGACCGUCAUGGUCCACGAUAUCGAGGAUCAGUUCCGCAUGGUCUGGCUCAAGGUCGAGGAGGGUCUUAAGCCUUCCAAGGAUGCCUACAAGUCCCACCUUAAGGCUUACAUCAAGAAGGUCCUGAAGGCCCUCGAGGCCAAGAAAGCCAGUGAAGAGACCAUUGCCGAGUUCAAGGGCGGCGCUGCCGCUGCCAUGAAGAAGAUCAGCGCCAACUACGACAACUACGAUGUCCUCAUGGGCCAGUCCAUGGACGGUGAUGCUAUGCACGUUCUGAUUGACUUCCGCGAGGACGGUGUUACCCCCUUCGCUACCCUCUGGAAGCACGGUCUCAAUGAGAUGAAGGUUUAA